AUGUGCGUCCCCUAUCGGUCAUGGCUUAAAACUGAUCAACCCAUGAUGGAAGAAAGGAGGAGGCCCUGUGGAGAUGCUGUCAUCGGCUGUCAACCACCGCGAAAUGACAACGGACUAAUUUCCAAACGUUUUGGUGUCAUGUAAACAAUUUAUUUGGUUGGAUAAUGAAAAUGAUGGCGUCCCCGUGCACGGUUCAGGCCGUACAGGAGUUCCUAAUGGGGAGAGGAGGGCGAGUCCAACAGAUGGAGCUGAUCGAUCACUUCGCGACGACCUGGGGUGGCGCAAGUGACCCGUUGAAGGAGGAGGAGGCUUUGAAACGCGUCGUGGACAAACUCGGUGUCGUGGAAGUGGAAAGCGGCGUGAAAUAUGUGUGUUUGAAUGAGGUUAAUAGCGCGCGCUCUGUGACGCGCGUGGACGGGGACGGCCACGAGCACGCAACCGAGUUCAACGGCGACGUCCGCGAAACUGCAAACGACAACAAUCUCGUCAGCGGCAACCCUGACAACAAACAGCGAACAGGUGCUUCUAGUCCACCUUCGUGCAAUAUGGAUGAUGUCAAGCAGCCGGACCCCACCCAGUCCAACAAGAUCGACACCACUUCUGUGGGAAGUGGGCAGGUCAAGCUAAGGGAGAGGAGACGGCGCGAGUCGGCUCCGGUGAUCGGGGUGCCGGAACUGGACCACCCCGCCAUCUCCCAAAGCCAGGUAGUCCGAGGGGCCCGCAGGGUUUCCAAAGGGUCCCAGCGGGCGUUGCUGACAAGCUGCCUGUCUGAGGACAGCACCAUUGAAGGCCUGGAGCACAGUCUUGAUGUGAACACACCCAAAGGGAGCCGGAGGAACUUCAUCGAGCUGAUGAUGAAUUGUUCUCCACAGGUCCGGCGGUCUCUCAUUCAUCGAGGUCCGCGCCUUCGAGACUCGAUGAGAAGCGACGGCGAUUCGACUUCUCUCCUCUCCUCCGUCACCGACGAGGACUGCCCGUCUGUGACCCUUGACCCGAUGGAGCACGAGUGGAUGCUGUGCGCCUCGGACGGCCUGUGGGAGAGCCUGCAGCCCCUCCUGGCCGUGGAGGCCGGCCUGGUAGCCAAGAAAGACUUUGUCACCGGCUUCACGUGCCUCCACUGGGCCGCCAAGCAGGGCAAAGCCGAGCUGCUCUCCCAGUUGCUGAAGUUUGCCAAGGACAACAGCGUGGCCGUGAACGUCAACGUAAAGUCCGGCGCUGGGUAUACACCGCUGCACCUGGCAGCCAUGCAUGGACACACUCAGGUGAUGCGUGUGCUGCUCUCCGACUGGGAGGCGGACCCUGAUGUGAGGGAUUACAGCGGCCGGCGAGCCCUCCAGUACCUCCCCGCGCCGCUGCCUGCGAACCUGCGGGACCAAGGACUUGUCACCUCGCCGAGGGCGGAGUCCGACAACGAACACGCGAACGUCAGCGGCGGGGGCCAACGAGGCUGGAGGUUCCCCAAAGUGCUCCAGGGAAACCUGAACCCGCUGCGCCUCCUCAACCAGUCAGCGGGAGCCUCCGAUGAGGCGCUCGGGAAUGGGAAGACCAAGGGGGGCAUGUUCCGGAAGUCAUCUCUGAGCAGGCUGAACGCUCGGCUACAUCGAGGGCGACACAGGGCGCAGAUUAUACAUAGCGCCUCCUUUAGGGACACGGGGGAAGUGGGGAGAGGAGACGAGCUUCCCAGCACCCCGCAGCGAACACGGCCGCUCUCCAACCUGUUUGGAUGAGGCCGCUCCAAAGCAGUCAUCUAUUUAUUAAGAGUUUCGUGAAAGGAUUUUUAGAACUGCAAUUGUGUAUUUUACGGACGGGCCUUUUAAAAGUUUUAAAGUCACAAAACACGUAUUUUUUCCAACAACUGAAGUUGAUUUGUGUUCCUUUUUUUUCCUCAAUCCUCCACGGACGGACUAAUUUAUUUAAGUAGCAUUUUAAUUUCUUUUAUUAUUUUUUUUGCUAACAUUUUAUUUUUUGCUACACAUUAUCUAAUUUAUUUCAGACGGACAAUGAUUGCAUCCUUGAAUGUUUUUGUUUUUUGGGAAGGAGGGAAGGGAAGUUUGUAAUUUCACAUUGGUGGAAGAUCACUCAUCAAAAAUGUUAUUUUUGUUGCACAAUAUAGGUACAAAAAGUAGGAGUUUUUUCUUCUUCUUUUUUUUUUAAAUUCCCGGAUUGACAAUUGUUGUACAUCCACGCUCUGGUACAUUUGUUCUAUUUGCACUUGUCACUUUCAAUAUUAUAAACACACAAGAAACUUGCUGAAACUACAAACAUGACCUCUGCUGUUUUAAUAGUCACAGCACUUAACAUUUAUAAACCGGAUCAUGUUUCCGUUUGCUUUCCACAAAAUUGGGUGUUGUUUUACACUGGUGAGGGGUGCGUGGGCUUUGGCUUAUCCAAUAACCGAAGGACACAAAUCAGUUGCACGGGGAGGCAAUACUUUUUUUUUUCUUCUCAAAUCUGCUUAUCUUGUGCUGUUUUUGCUUCAAGGUGAAGUAUAUUCAUUCCAAGCGUAAUUGGAAAUGGUGACAGAUUUGACCACUUAUUUCAUGCUGUGCCUCUUUUGAGAUUUGCUGAAUAAAUGUCAGUAAACAUGACACGAUGAGUUCAGGGACCUAGACAACCCGCGUAGCACACAUUGGUAAAUAUGCAAUCAAACAAGAACAGUCACAUUCAACACUCUGCAAUGCAUUUGUUUUUAAGCUGGCGUAGCGUCACGUGUACAAGUGUAAUAGUUCGGUGUUUGUUCAACGGGAAUUUAGAUUAGAAUGUACGGUAUGAUAUGUUGAAGUCCUUGUUUCUUGAACGUGACCCUUUCUUAAAAUGAGCCGAUUGCAUUUAUAUCACACGAUCGCCUCCUUUUUGUAUUUUGUACAUCUGACCUCAUGUUGUAGAGUAAAGCAAAAAUCGGUACUACAAGUGUACUAUGACAUCAUUUUUUUCACCUGCAUGAAGUGUGGGUAACACUGUUUACAUAAAUACUGUGAAGUUACCAUUGAGUAAUAACCAAGUUGAUUGUUCCCACUUGUCCGAACCUUUUAUGUGAAAUAAAGCAAUAUUUAGUAUC